AUGUCAGACACCAUCAAAACAACCGACAGCGCGACCUUGGCACUCCUUGGCAAGAAGCAAGUCCUCAAGCGCCGCUUCUCCUUCAUCUCCCUCUUCGGCUUCGCAGUCUGCGAAUUGAUAACCUGGGAGACUGUCCUCGCGCUCUUCAGCCAAGCCUUUGACAAUGGCGGCCCGGCGGGAGCCGUCUAUGGCUUCAUCAUCGCGUGGUUCUCCACCAUGUCUGUGUAUACUGUUAUCUCCGAGCUAGCUAGUCUGGCACCUAUCGCUGGUGGCCACUAUGUCAUCGGUUGGCUGACUUCUCUGGCAUGGAUCGCCACAGUGGCAACGGAGACUCUGUUCGCUGGCACCAUGAUCCAAGGUGCCAUGGUUCUAGACAAUCCAAAUUACGAGGGCAAGCCGUGGCAAGGCACUCUUCUGACCUGGGCAGUCAUUGUAGGCUGCAUCCUCAUUAAUGUGGUUAUACCGCAUUGGCUACCAAGAUUCGAGGUCUUCAUUCUGGUCUUCCAUAUUGCAGGCUUCGUCGCUAUCCUAACAACACUGCUCGUCAUGACUCCCCAGCUCGGCACUAACGCUUCGGUCUGGCUUACCGCGUUCAACACCGGGGGAUGGCCAACACAAGGGCUGUCCUAUUGCGUCGGCUUCCUCGGCAACGUCGCCACUUUUGUCGGUGCAGACGCAAGCGUACACUUGGCCGAAGAAGUGUCGAACGCUGCUCUCAACAUUCCUCGAGCAAUUCUAGGCGCUAUGCUGAUCAAUGGCGCGGUUGGAUUCGCCAUGAUGAUCACAGUCCUCUACUGCCUCGGCGACGCAGAAACAGUAUUGGGAACUGCUACAGGCUUUCCUUACAUCCAGAUCUUCCACAACAGUGUUGGAAAUGUCGCCGGUGCCACGGUCAUGACUGCGGUAGUACUAGCAUUGACUUGGUCUUGCGCCAUUGGUAUCACGACCACUGCAUCUCGCAUGACUUGGUCCUUCGCCCGCGACAAAGGCUUGCCUUGGUCGAGCUUCAUCGGCAGAGUCAACAACCGCUCUUCCGUACCCGUCAAUGCCGUCCUGGUGGUCACUGGUUUAGCUGCGCUGCUCACCCUGAUCUAUAUCGGCUCAUCUGUGGCGUUCAACGACGUGAUAUCCCUCACCAUCACUGGCUUCUACGGAUCAUACUUCCUACCAUGCGCGCUUCUGCUCUAUCGCCGCAUCAAGGGUCAAGUGCACCCCCACGGCACCGAGGUCGAGACUGUCAGCCCAGCUGGUGAGACAAGCCAUUUCCCACCCAUGGAGGACACAUCCGAUGCCAAAUUUAGCAAGCCGCAAGAUCUCGUUCCAUCAGUAGGUGCUGGCCGCAUAGAAGUAGCCAACGCUCGUCUCAUCUGGGGACCCUGGCACUUGCCCGGCGUGCUGGGUAUAGCCAACAACCUCUACGCCUGCUGCUACAUGAUCUUCGUCAUCUUCUGGUCCGUCUGGCCGCCUGCCACACCCGUGACAGCAUCAACGAUGAAUUACAGUGUGGUGGUGACGGGAGGGGUGAUGAUAUUGAGUACGAUCUGGUAUUUUGUUAGAGGGAAGAGGGAGUACAAGGGGCCGUUGAUUGAUGAGGAAGUGGCUAGUAUUAUGAGGAUUGGGAGUGUUGUUUCUAUGUAA